AGAAAUUAUGAGCGAGAACGACAGAAUGGAUUGAAAUCUGGAGAGAGAGAGAGAGAGAGAGAGAGAUCGUCGUCGUCGUCUGUCUCCGCUAUUUUCUCUUUCUAAUUUCAGACCUUGAGUUCCGGACCUCUGUUUUUGUCUGAAACUCCCCCCCCCUUCAGAAAACAAAUCGUCAUCGACCCUCGUCCUCUCUCUUCUCCCCCUCUGUGCCAUCGUCUCCUUCCUUCCCGAUUCUCUAUCUGGACUAAUCUCGGGACACGGAGCAACCCAUAUGAUUAGAAUUACGCUCUCCCAACUUGAAGCUUGAACUCCAGGCGGGACAGACGAUUUGCAUCCCCGUUUCACCAGUUGAACUAACUAAGUUGGAACUACUCAAUAUGUCUUUUUAUGAUUUCAUCACUAACUUCAUCGGAUGGAGGAUUUGAAAGCUGCUGAAGCAGAGUCUCCUCCGGAACCUUCUCAAAUGUCCGAGGCUACUGGUCAUGUUUCCCACGGAGAUGAAACAAUCAAGCCGGAGUUGAAGGAAUUAGCAGCUAAAGACUCUACAGUACCCUCUGCAACAACAGUUUCUCCCCUUCCUGAAAAUGAUGGAAACCUCAAAAUUGAGGAUUCUAAAGACAUUCAACAAUCUCAAAGUGAUGGGUCAACUGGUAAUGACAAAGUUUAUCAAGAUGGCACUUCUCUACCUCAUGCAGGAGACACAUGUGAGACCUUUGAUGCAGUAACAGCUGAAGAUCCUAGUAGUGAUGAAACGGGGGAUUCUUCUCGGCAAAAGCCAUUGGACCAUACUAAUCCUAUUGUUGUUUCUCUGUCCGGUGAGAUCCCUAUGCCUUGUGUAAAGAUUAGCGGCGGUUCUGCGGGAACAGCAAGAAAUGGAGGGUCACCAAGAGCUGUUUUGUCUCCAGGAAGCAAUGGAAGAUCCUCAGAAUCACCAACAAGGGCCGCAACUCCCAAAAAUCUGGACUUUUAUAGAGGUUUAAUUGAUACAGCAGCACCCUUUGAAUCGGUUAAAGAAGCUGUCUCCAAAUUUGGAGGAAUUACGGAUUGGAAAGCCCAAAAAACGCAAGCUGUAGAGAGACGCAAGCUUGUUGAACGAAAGCUCAACAAGGUUCAAGGGGAGAUUCCUGAGUAUGAAAAACAGUCAGAGGCUGCCGAAGUGGAGAAACUACAAGUGCUCAAGGAACUAGAAAGUACAAAGAGACUAGUAGAAGAGUUGAAGCUCAACCUGGAGAGGGCACAAACAGAAGAACAACAGGCAAAGCAGGACUCAGAGCUUGCUAAGUUGAGAGUUGAAGAGAUGCAACAAGGAAUAUCUGAUGAAGCCAGUGUUGCAGCUAAGGCCCAGCUUGAGGUGGCCAAAGCCAGGCAUGCAGCUGCAGCUUCAGAAUUGCAAUCUGUCAAAGGGGAGCUCGAAAUACUGCAUAGGGAAUAUGAUGAUCUGGUUAAAGAGAAAGUGGAAGCUGUGAAGAAAGCUGAAGAGGCAGUGUUGAAAUCAAAGGAAGUUGAGAGGACAGUAGAAGGACUCACCAUAGAGCUGAUAACUACAAAGGAGUCUCUGGAAUCAUCACAUGCUGCUCAUUUGGAGGCGGAAGAGGGAAGAAUUGGAACAGCCAUGGCUCGUGACCAGGAUACUCACCGCUGGGAGAGGGAACUAAAGCAGGCAGAAGAGAAACUCCAAAGACUUAACCAGCAGAUACUUUCGGCAAAGGAUCUGAAAUCAAAACUUGACACUGCUUCAGCUUUGCUUUUCGAUUUGAAGGCUGAAUUGGCAGCUUAUAUGGAUUCAAAAUUGGAGGAGGAAGCGAGUGAUUCAGUCACAAAGGGUGACAUCCCACCAGAAAACAAAACCCACAUGGAUAUCCAAUCAGCUGUUGCCUCUGCAAAGAAUGAACUUGAAGAAGUAAAAGUCAACAUCGAGAAAGCAACCGCUGAAGUGAAUUGCUUACAGGCAGCCGCCUCUUCUUUACAAUCAGAGCUUGAGAAUGAGAAGUCAGUUCUUGCCUCAAUCAAACAAAGAGAAGGAAUGGCUUCCAUAGCUGUUGCUUCUCUAGACGCUGAAAUUGACAGAACCAAGUCAGAAACAGCUUUGGUUCAGUCAAAGGAGAAGGAAAUCAAGGAGAAAACGGUGGAGCUACCAAAGCAACUGCAGCAAGCAGCCCAAGAGGCUGAUGAAGCCAAAUCACUGGCUGAACUUGCUCGUGAAGAACUGUGCAAGGCGAAAGAAGAAGCAGAGCAAGCAAAGGCUGGAACAAGUACAAUGGAGAGCAGAUUAUUCGCAGCACAAAAGGAGAUAGAGGCUGCUAAAGCUUCAGAGAGGCUGGCCUUGGCUGCCAUCAAAGCUUUGCAAGAGAGUGAAUCUGCUUCAAAGGCUAAUGAUGUUGAUUCACCGAGAAGCGUAACACUUUCAUUAGAGGAGUACUAUGAGCUCAGCAAACGUGCUCAUGAGGCAGAAGAACAAGCCAAUGCAAGGGUUGCGGCAGCGGUUGCUCAUAUAGAGGAAGCUAAAAUUGCGGAAAUGAUAAGCUUGGAGGAACUGGAAGAGGUAAGCAAAGAAAUGGCUGCAAGAAAGGAAGCACUUAAAGAAGCAGUGGAAAAGUCUGAGAAGGCGAAAGAGGGAAAGUUGGGAGUUGAACAAGAAUUGAGGAAAUGGAGGGCGGCAAAUGAGCAGAGAAGAAAGGCUGGUGAGAGUGGAUUGAACACAGAGAAAAGCCAAAGAGGAAGCGUCGAAAGCUCAAAGGAGUCAAGUAACACAGAACAAGCAUCUGAGACAAUGGUCACCUAUGCCUCCAGCCCCAAUGAUUCAUAUGGGACAGGAGAUAGUCAUGAAGCUCCUCAAAAAAAGGCUGGAAAGAAAAAGAAGCUAUUUUUCCCGCGGUUUUUCAUGUUCUUGUCAAAAAAGAAGUCACAUUCACACAAGUGAGCUGAUUCUGAGUUUCUUAAGGAGCAUCCAAUGAUUGCAGCAGGGACCUUAAAAGAAUGGAUUACAGGUGAUGAAGUCUGUUGUGAGAUGGCUGUUGCUUUCCUUUGUGCAUUGUGAUCUUAGAGCCUUUUCUAUCACAAGAUGGGCAAUGAGGGAAGAGACCUGUCAAUAUACCCAAAAAAAUGGUUA